GAAUCAACCGAAUAAAUUAGAUAUUUUAUAUAUAUUAUACAUAUUCAGCUGCUUUUCGACGGGACUGUUCGUGGGGAUUGAAGCUUUUGGACUAAGAAAUGGAUUCCCAGCAAUCUCACGCAGUGACUUCGACCAAUAGUGCAAGGAAGAAGAAGAAGAUCAAGCAGAAAUCACUUUCAGCUGAAGAGGAAACACUUUCAAUUUCAAUGGAUGCUAAGACCAAUGUAAUAUCUACACCUGGAAACAAGAAGAAGAAAAAGAAGCAGAAGCAGCAACAGGUAGCAGACAUUUCAGAUAAUGAAUCUUCACCUGUGGAAGAAGCUGCACCUUCCCAAGAAAGCAAGAAAUCUAAGAAGAAGAAAAUGAAAAGGAAAGCUGAGAAUAAUGAUCAGUCUCCGGAUACAAAGAUACCUCGAACUGAAGAACCAGAGGAUGAAGACGCAGGGAACGAGAAAGAGAACGAAGAACAAGGUGAAGGUGAAGAUAAAGAAGAAGCCAGUCAAGAGGAAGAAGCUGACAUGAUAGAUACGGAAGAGAUUUUAUCAGACACCAGCUUUUCCUCGCUGACGGAUAAAGUAUCUGAUCUGACGUUGAAGGGCGUGGCCGAUAUGGGAUUUACUCAUAUGACGGAAAUCCAACACAAGGCUAUACCACACAUGCUGGAGGGCAAAGACAUUCUGGCUGCUGCGAAGACGGGAAGCGGAAAGACGUUGGCCUUCCUCAUCCCUGCGGUAGAACUAAUGUACAAACUCAAGUUCAUGCCAAGAAAUGGUACUGGAGUACUGAUCAUCUCACCAACCCGCGAGCUCUCUAUGCAGACCUAUGGUGUCCUCAAAGAGCUGUUGGAGCACCACUACCACACGUUUGGACUGAUCAUGGGUGGGACUGACCGUACCACGGAGGCCAAGAAAUUGGCCAAAGGAAUCAACAUCAUGGUGGCCACACCGGGCAGACUGCUUGACCAUAUGCAGAACACACCACAGUUCAUGUACAAGAAUCUCCAGUGCCUGAUCAUUGAUGAAGCUGAUAGAAUCCUAGAGGUUGGCUUUGAAGAAGAAAUGAAACAGAUCAUCAGACUACUCCCCAAGAGAAGACAAACAGCGCUCUUCUCAGCCACCCAGACCCGCAAGACCGAGGAUCUAGCGAGGAUAUCACUCAAAAAGGAGCCAGUGUAUGUAGGAGUAGAUGAUCACAAGGAAUCAGCUACAGUCGAUGGCUUGGAACAGGGCUACGUGGUGUGUCCGUCAGAGAAGCGUUUCCUCCUGCUCUUCACAUUCCUUAAGAAGAAUCGGAACAAGAAGGUGAUGGUGUUCUUCUCUUCCUGUAUGUCUGUCAAAUACCACAGUGAGCUACUCAACUACAUAGAUCUACCGGUCAACUCUAUACAUGGUAAGCAGAAACAGAGUAAACGCACCCAGACCUUCUUCAGGUUCUGCAAUGCCCAGACAGGCAUCCUCCUGUGUACAGACGUUGCCGCCAGAGGUCUGGACAUCCCCGCCGUUGAUUGGAUCGUUCAGUAUGACCCGUCAGAUGACCCAAAGGAGUACAUCCACAGAGUUGGACGUACAGCUCGAGGGUUAAAGGGCAAAGGUCAUGCCCUCCUUAUCCUUAGGCCAGAGGAGCUCGGUUUUGUACGUUACUUGAAGCAUGCCAAGGUACCGCUGAAUGAGUUUGAGUUCAGCUGGAGCAAGGUCUCAGAUAUUCAAUCUCAGCUGGAAAAGUUAAUAGAGAAGAACUACUUCCUUCACCGGUCAGCCCAGGAAGCAUACAAGGGAUACGUCCGAGCAUACGACGCCCACAGUCUCAAGAAGAUCUAUGAUGUCAAUACCUUGGAUUUACAGAAGGUUGCUAGGUCCUUUGGCUUCAAGGUCCCACCCAGCGUUGACCUCAUGGUUUAUGGCAGUAAGAAGCAGCAGCGUGAAGCCAGGAAGAAGUUCAGCUAUGUAGAACUCAACCAGAAGAUGGCCCACAAGACUAAGAUCUACAAACACAUACCAGGGAAGAACAAGGACAGGAGACAGUUCUCAAGAUAACAGCUGGAAGAUAUCAGACCAAGAUCUUCUAUCGUAUCACAGUUCUGAGUCUGAGAUAAGGAUUGUGAACAGUUCUUAGAAUCCAGAUGAGGCAAGAAUAAGAUCUAAACAUAUACUAGGAAAGAAGGAGAGGAGACAGUUUUCAAGAUUACAGCAGGAAGAUAUCAGAUCAAGAUCUGAUCUAGACCACUGGUCUUGAGUCUCAGAUGAGGAUUGUGACACAGUUAUUAGAUUCCAGAUGAGACAAGUUCUACAAACACAUACCAGGAAAGGACAUAAGACAGAAGACAGUUUUGAAGAUUACAGGUAGAAGAUACUAGACCAAGAACUAAAUUUACAUCUAGGCCUAAAGGUGAAGGUUAUAGACAGUUUUAAAGUUCCUAAGACAGGACCAAGAUCUAUAAACAUGUACAAGGAAAGAACAAAGAUGAGACCAUUCUCAAGGUAACAUCUAGAAGAUAUUAGACCAAGAUCUACUGUAUCAUCCUAGACCCAAGAUGAUUAUAGACAAUAAAAAAAUACAGACAAGACAAAGUCAGAAUUUCUGAAUGCUUUCUUUCAAACAGCGAAGAAAGCAGGCAUCCUCUCAAGAUGUAAGUUACGACUUCAAGUGUGACUGGUUACAUUGGCUUGCACUUAAUGGCCCCAGCUUUUUCUGUCUGAAUAUGAGAGUGAACUGUUUCAUAAUUCUCAUCAAUUAUUAAUCCUGAUUAACGUUAUCUUAUUACUCCACAUAAAAUGGCUUUGAAUUGAUUUGUGAACUCAAUUGAUGUACAGAAAUUAAGUGGAAGUUCGCUUUGAGAAAAUACUUUUUAUUUUCUCUUUAAAAAAAAUGCUUGUCUCCAUUCCUCCAGUUCACUUUCUCUCUUUCUCACAUUUACAUGCUGUUAUUUAUUUGUGUUGAUUUUCUCCUUUUUUUGGGGGGGGCAGCAGGGGGCAUUGAUGAAUUAAAAGUUAAAGUAAUUCCACCCCAGAAAAAUAUUUGAAAAACAAUAAAGCAAAAUCAACCAAGCACAACAUUGGAAUUUUAUCAGAAUCAGUUGUGAAAUAAGAAAGUUGUAACAUUUAAAUAUUUCGCUGAUUUUUCACGAAGCAGUUAUAUGCACAACUCAGUGAUAUGCAAAUGAGAGUUGAUGAUGUCCCUAAUUCACUAUUUCUUUUGUUUUGUAUUGUGUCACAAUUUAUUUACUUUAAACAGAUUUGACAAAAACGACCCUCUUGAUUGAACCACAAAAGGUACAAUUCAAUGGUCAAGGAGAAAUAAAAGUUGUUUUACAUUACCAUUAGGAAAAUAUUAAACAAUUGCAUAUUUCACAAAUUAAGACAACAUAAAGUAUUGAAUGUGUGAUGUCAUACUUUCCCUCAUUUGCAUAUCUACCAAGAUGUGCAUAUAAUUGUUUUGUGAAAUAAAGUAACAUUUCUGAAUAUCCUGACUUUCUUUAAUAUUAUACAUCUGAUUUUGAUGAUAUUUUCAGUAUUUAGCUUGUUUGAUUUUCUCUAUUUAUUAAUAAAAUUCUACUUUUUGUUGUGGUGAAAUUGCCCCUUCAUAUUCAGUAAUUAUAAUACUUUUGUGAAAAUUAGUUAUCGAACAAAAAAUUGAUAAAAUAUGCUUUUGAAAUAUAAAUGAUACACAUAUUGGCAAAUCCAUUAAUUAUGCAUGUCUGAUCCAUUAUGUAUGUGGACCCUUCCUGAAACCAAUUUUCUCUGUUUUCUUCUUCAUCUGAGAAGUUGAAAUGAUCUCAUGGCCUGAGCAGUUCAUAAAGUAAAUGUAAGAAUGGAGAAAAAUUGGGGUCGGGCCAAACCAGAAAAUUAUGAUUUUAUGGCAUUUCUCAAAUAAUAUUUUCUUAGUUCUGUGAAAAAUGCUCUACUCAUGCACAAUUAUGUGAUAUAUAAUUCAAUAAAUUCACACGUUAUUAAAAAA